GUUGAGACCCUCUGCACAACCCCUUUUCAUUGUCUGCUUUUGGCGCCUGCGCAGUAAGAGAUCGUUGGAUCUGAGCCGGAGAAGGGGAUAGGGCCGGGCUCCUCGCCCUUUUCCCAAGCGCCUGCGCACUAGGCGGCCGCUCUUUGCCGUUACCGCUAUGUGUGGGGCGUGUGUGGAAUAACGUAUUGCCCAGCGGAGCUGAGAGGCCGGGAGCUCGAUCGCAGCGACAGCGACGACGAGGACGACAACGACAGGGUGGGGGUGGGGGAGGACGGCGUGCCAGAGACUCGCGGGACGCAACGCGCCCCGCCUUUCCCGUCCGGUCCCGCUCUCAGCGGUGAGGGGAUGACGUAGCUUUGCCGAAGACUUAGAAGCUAAGCAGAAAAUGAGCUUAACAUCCUGGUUUUUGGUGAGCAGUGGAGGCACUCGCCACAGGCUGCCGCGAGAAAUGAUUUUUGUCGGGAGAGAUGACUGUGAGCUCAUGUUGCAGUCUCGUAGUGUGGAUAAGCAGCAUGCUGUAAUCAAUUAUGAUGCCUCUGCGGAUGAACAUUUGGUCAAAGAUUUGGGCAGCCUAAAUGGGACUUUUGUGAAUGAUGUAAGGAUUCCAGAACAGACUUAUAUCACCUUGAAACUUGAAGAUAAGCUGAGAUUUGGAUAUGAUACAAAUCUUUUCACUGUAGUACGAGGAGAGAUGAGGGUCCCUGAAGAGGCUCUAAAGCAUGAGAAGUUUACCAUUCAGCUCCAGUUGUCCCAGAAAUCUUCAGAACCAGAGUUGUCAAAAUCUGCGAGUGCCAAAAGCGUGGAUUCAAAGGUAGCAGAUUCUGCAGCCGAAGUACAGCACAAAGCCCCAGAGGCGCUGAAGUCGGAGGAGAAAGCCGCAGAUACUUCUGCCAUGCCCCGAGGCACUCCACUAUAUGGGCAGCCUGCGUGGUGGGGGGAUGGUGAGGUGGAUGAAAAAAGAGCUUUCAAGUCAAAUGGCAAACCAGAAGAAAAAAAUCAUGAAGCUGGAACAUCAGGGUGCAGUUUAGAUGCCAAGCAAGUUGAGGAACAGUCUGCAGCGGCAAAUGAAGAAGUACUCUUUCCUUUCUGUAGGGAACCAAGUUACUUUGAAAUCCCUACAAAAGAAUUUCAGCAACCAUCACAAUUAACCGAAAGCACCAUUCACGAAAUCCCAACAAAAGAUACAACGAGUUCCCACACGACAGGUGCAGGGCAUGCUUCCUUUACCAUUGAAUUUGAUGACAGUACCCCAGGGAAGGUAACUAUUAGAGACCAUGUGACAAAAUUUACUUCUGAGCAGCGCCACAAGUCCAAGAAGUCUUCUCCUGGAACUCAAGACCUGCCGGGGAUUCAGACCGGAAUGAUGGCGCCGGAAAACAAAGUGGCGGACUGGCUAGCCCAGAACAACCCUCCGCAGAUGGUCUGGGAGAGGACAGAAGAAGACUCCAAGAGUAUUAAAAGUGACGUUCCAGUGUACUUGAAAAGGUUGAAAGGAAAUAAGCACGACGACGGUACACAGAGCGAUUCCGAAAAUGCCGGGGCUCACCGGCGCUGCAGCAAGCGCGCGACUCUGGAGGAACACUUCCGGCGCCACCACUCGGAGCAGAAAAAGCUGCCGAAGGGCCAGGCUCCCGACAAGCAUCAAGACCAAGCUGUUGUAAGUCAAACUGCUUUUAUGGUUGCAUUCUUUGAUGAAGACAAUCCCAGAAAAAGGAGGUCACAUUCCUUUUCUCAGAGUGCGGGAAUCCUAUGUGAGGACACUACUUACUCAACACCACACACAAAACUUGAAAAACCCAGAUCUCCAGCAGCAGACGCCAAAGUGGUUUCUUUGUCUUUACAGACUAGCUCUGCGCAUCACAGAGGGGGGCAUGGUGUCCCACAUGGGAAAUUGUUAAAACAGAAAUCAGAGGAGCCAGCGGUGUCAAUCCCCUUCCUACAAACUGCAUUGUUAAGAAGUUCAGGGAGUCUCGGGCACAGACCGAGCCAGGAGAUGGAUAAAAUGUUAAAAAAUCAAGCCACUUCUGCUACUUCUGAAAAGGAUAAUGAUGAUGACCAAAGUGACAAGGGUACUUAUACCAUUGAGUUAGAGAAUCCCAACAGUGAGGAAGUGGAAGCAAGAAAGAUGAUUGACAAGGUCUUUGGAUUAGAUGACAAUCAGGACUAUAAUAGGCCUAUUAUCCAUGAGAAACAUAAAGAUCUGAUAAAAGACUGGGCUCUCAGUUCUGCUGCCGUAGUCGUGGAAGAAAGGAGACCACUGUGCACUCCUGGGUUUCACAACUCAGAGGAAGUCCCACCUUCAUCCGGAAGCAAGCGUUGGGUUUCACAGUGGGCUAGUUUGGCUGCUAACCACACGAGGCAUGAUCAGGAGGAAAGGAUAAUGGAACUGUCUGUACCUGUUCCUUUAGAGAAUGAUGCAGACAUCAACGAAUCCGGCAUUUCCAUGCGAAGCGCUGGCUCGGCCACCUUGGCCAGUCAGGGAGAGAGGAGGAGACGGACCCUCCCCCAGCUUCCGAAUGAAGAGAAGUCCCUGGAGAGCGCCAGAGCCAAGGUGAUGAGCCAGAGGUCAGAGAUAGGAGAAAAGCAAGACACGGAGCUUCAGGAGAAGGAAACCCCUGCGCAGGUGUACCAGAAGGACAAGCAAGAUGCGGACAGAGCCCCAACGAAGCCGAACAGGGCGGUCAACGGGGAGCCUCUGAAAACUGGGGGGGACAGUAAAGUCCUGCUGCACUUGGUCGGCUCCUCCCCCGCGAAGGAGAAAGGGGAAGUGGACAAGGAAACUUCUUUGGUAAAGCAAACAUUAGCUAAACUGCAGCAACAGGAGCCAAAGGAGCAGGCCCCGUGGACACCUAAACUAUCUUCCAAAAAUGCCUCGGGUCAGGCGGAGAGAAGUAGGGAGGAAUCUUUUAAACAGGAGUCACUGGCCCCAGAAAAAAUUCCAGGACAUUCUGCAAGCAAAGGAGAAAGAGUGAUACAAAGCGAGGGCAAGCGAAGAAAAGCUGAGGACAUUCUGAAGGGUCACACUUCGAAGGGAGGAGACAAGAAGGAAUCCUCCAAGUCCUUAGUGCGACAAGGAAGCUUCACCAUAGAAAAACCCAGCCCCAACGUCCCCAUAGAACUUAUUCCCCACAUCAAUAAGCAGACUUCGUCCACACCCCCGUCUCUGGCGCUGGCAUCUGCCAGCAGAAUACGCGACAGAAGCGACUCCAUGGAAACUGAUUCCAGUAUGGACACUACCCUUAUUCUAAAAGACACAGAGGCGGUGAUGGCUUUUCUCGAGGCUAAACUGCGCGAAGAUAAUAAAACAGAUGAAGGCCCAGACACUCCCAGUUACAACAGAGACAACUCCAUCUCACCGGAAUCUGACGUGGACACAGCUAGUACCAUCAGCCUGGUGACCGGGGAGACUGAAAGGAAGUCAACCCAAAAGCGGAAGAGUUUCACCAGUCUCUAUAAAGACAGGUGUUCUUCGGGUUCUCCUUCCAAAGAUGUUGCGAAAUCGUCUUCUGGUGCUAGGGAGAAAAUCGAAAAGAAAACAAAAAGCCGAUCCACCGAUAUAGGCUCCAGAGCAGAUGGGCGUAAAUUCGUCCAGUCCAGUGGGAGGAUCAGACAGCCUUCGGUGGACCUAACCGACGACGACCAAACCUCCAGCGUACCUCAUUCUGCUAUCUCUGACAUUCUGUCGUCCGAUCAGGAAACCUACUCUUGCAAACCUCAUGGAAGGACUCCCCUUACCUCAACAGAUGAGCACGCGCAUUCCAAGCUGGACGGAAGCAAGGCCACCAAGUCUAAGACUUCCCCUGUCGCGCCUGGCUCAUCCAGUAAAUCCACCACUCUCCCAAGGCCACGGCCCACCAGGACUUCCCUCUUGCGCCGAGCACGACUUGGUGAAGCUUCAGACAGUGAACUUGCCGAUGCAGACAAAGCAUCCGUUGCUUCUGAAGUGUCCACAACAAGUUCCACAUCGAAACCUCCCACAGGAAGGCGGAACAUCUCUAGGAUUGAUUUGCUGGCUCAGCCUCGGAGAACCCGGCUGGGCUCGUUGUCAGCCCGCAGUGACUCGGAAGCAACCAUCUCUAGAAGCAGUGCCUCUUCACGGACCGCAGAAGCCAUCAUUCGGAGUGGAGCCAGACUAGUACCUUCGGAUAAAUUUUCUCCUAGAAUUAGAGCCAACAGUAUCUCUCGACUCUCAGACUCCAAGGUCAAAAGUAUGUCCUCCGCGCACGGCUCUCCUUCAGUAAAUUCAAGAUGGAGGCGCUUUCCUACUGAUUAUGCUUCCACCUCAGAAGAUGAAUUUGGAUCAAACCGUAAUUCCCCUAAACAUACCCGUCUACGUACUUCUCCAGCCCUGAAAACCACUCGGUUGCAGAGCUCUGGGUCAGCAAUGCCUACGAGUUCUUCGUUCAAGCACCGGAUCAAAGAGCAGGAAGACUACAUCCGCGACUGGACUGCGCACCGAGAAGAGAUAGCCAGGAUCAGCCAAGAUCUCGCUCUCAUUGCUCGGGAAAUCAACGACGUAGCGGGAGAGAUAGACUCGGUGACGUCCUCGGGCACCGCCCCCAGCACCACAGUAAGCACUGCUGCUACCACCCCUGGCUCUGCCAUAGACACUAGAGAAGAGGUAGGAGACCCUCAUGGAGCGAUGCAUAAGUUGGUUGAUCGUGUUUUUGAUGAAAGUCUCAACUUCCGCAAGAUCCCUCCACUGGUUAAUUCUAAAACGCCGGAAGGAAACAACUGUCGCUCUGGUGACUCAAGGCCCCAGCCAACAGAGCCGCCCGACCACCUGACAAUUACAAGGCGGAGGACCUGGAGCAGAGAUGAAGUCAUGGGAGACAAUCUGCUGCUGUCGUCCGUCUUCCAGUUCUCCAGGAAGAUUCGCCAGUCCAUAGACAAAACCGCCGGGAAGAUCAGAAUAUUAUUUAAAGAUAAAGAUCGGAAUUGGGAUGAAAUAGAAAGCAAAUUAAGAACUGAAAGUGAAGUUCCUAUUGUGAAAACCUCAAGCAUGGAGAUCUCCUCCAUCUUGCAGGAGCUGAAGAGAGUUGAGAACCAGCUGCAAGUGAUCAACGCCAUGAUCGACCCGGACGGCACCCUGGAGGCCCUGAACAGCAUGGGCUUCCCCAGCGCCCUGCUGCCGUCGCCCCCCAAGCAGAAGUCCAGCCCCGUGAACAACCACGGCAGCCCGGGCCAGGCGCCGUCCCUCUGCCCGCCGGAAGCCCGGGCCCUUCACCCCGCCGCCGUCUCGGUCUCGGCCGAAUUUGAGAACGCGGAGUCCGAGGCCGACUUCAGCAUCCAUUUCAACAGGUUCAACCCCGACGGGGAAGAGGAGGACAUCGCAGUGCCCGAGUGACUUUCUCUGGACUGUUAGGAAGGAACGACCUGUGGAAUGACCGGGAGUACUGGCAGCAGCGUGGUGUCGACUUGCACAAAACAAGACAGCUUGGUCAAGUACAAUCUUGUUAUCUCUGGCUUUUUAAUUUUAUUUAUUUAUUUUUCCCCUCUAACGUGGUAUCAUAUUCAUCCCUUCUGGCCACUCAGAUAUCCACUUGGUGCACACGUAGGAAAAAGCAGAUUGUGGCGAUUUCGCCUUUUGUGGUUUUAUGGUUUCCAAAUUGAAUAUAAUGACAUCCUUUCCCUGCACAGAUUUUUGUUUCUGUUUUUUUUU